AUGCGCAAUCCUUACGACGAGCAGCAGACUCAAAUUCUAGCCCGCAUCACCAACAAUGUUGUCAAACUAAACGACACUCUGCUCGAGCUCAACCAAAAGAUUGAAGAGAUAAACGAGAUGAACAGCGACCUGGUGGCCUUUUCAAAUAUUUGGAACCACUACCAGCGUAACGCAAACCUGUAUCUGGCCAGCACAAACAGCCUUGAACCCGCAAAAGCCAGGCGCUAG